AAGUGUAUUUAUAAAGCGCUUUUUUAAAAUUGGUAGGUCGUACUAUUUCUUUUAUAUAUGAUGGUAUAUACUCUGAAUAGAGUUUUACUAGAUUAUUCUUGUUGUUUUGAUGGAUGGUUGGUACCUUUUCUAAUGAGCUGAGUAAAUGUGCCCGGAAUUUACGUUAAUAAUUCCACAAAAAAGUUCAUAUCUACAUGUGUUAGAUAGUCAUUAUUUUUGGUACUACUAUUAUUAAUGGGAUGAUGAUUUGUGGUGAUUAACAAUUAAUGUGAUGUAUCUUUUUGUUUUUUUUGAUCUUUUGCUUUUCAGCAAAAUAGUGGGUGGCAAUUGCAACUUUUAUCUGUUGCUUGCUUGUCGCUAGCGGCUAAGAUGGAGGAACCUCUUGUUCCAUCUCUCUUAGAUCUUCAGGUAGAGGGUGCCAAAUAUAUUUUUGAACCAAAAACAAUCCGCAGGAUGGAGCUGCUUGUGCUCACGGUUUUGGAUUGGAGGCUACGAUCAGUAACGCCAUUCAGUUUCAUUGCUUUCUUUGCUUGCAAGCUCGAUCGAACAGGAACUUUUAUUGGGUUUCUGAUCUCAAGGGCAACGGACAUCAUUUUAUCCAAUAUCAAAGAGGCCAGCUUUCUAGAGUAUUGGCCGUCAAGCAUUGCUGCUGCAGCGAUACUAUGUGCAGCCAAUGAAAUUCCAAACUUGUCUCUUGUUAAUCCUGAACAUGCUGAGUCAUGGUGUGAUGGACUAAGCAAAGAGAAAAUCCUUAGCUGCUACCGGUUAAUGCAAGAACUUGUGCUUGACAAUGCCAGGAGGAAAGCACCAAAGAUCUUACCACAGCUUCGGGUAACAAUCAGGGGCAGAAUGAGAUCCAGUUUGCCAUUGGUUUUUAUUGUGACUGUAUCACGGAAGAAAAUUUUUAUGACUCGCUGUGGAAUUUUGCGGAGGCAUCGUCUCAGUGAAGGGACUGGCAGUUGGUCCCGCAGGCAAUAAAGACGUUUCAUUCAUGAACAUGACCCUCUUAGCAAGCAAUUGUCACUCGUGAUCCGUGAUCGCCCAGCCCUUACCUGGUUCCCUAAUUUCUUCCAUCUCUUAAAAACCACACAUCUCAACUCAUUAGUCGUCAAUCAAUUUAAAUAGCCGAUUUCCAAGGGUUU